CCGAGACGGUGCUGUGAUCAUGGGGGAAUGGAGCUUCCUCGGCGGGUUCCUCGACAACCUGCAGGCCCACUCGCCGAUGCUCGGUCGUUUCUGGCUCCUGAUCAUGCUUGUCUUCAGGAUCCUGAUCCUGGGAACUGUAGCCAGCGACCUGUUUGAGGACGAGCAGGAGGAGUUUGCCUGCAACACCCUCCAGCCGGGCUGCAAACAGGUGUGCUACGACAUGGCCUUCCCCAUCUCCCAGUACAGGUUCUGGGUGUUCCACAUCGUCCUCAUCGCCACGCCCUCCUUGGUUUUCCUCAUGUACGCCAUGCAUCACCACAACAAGAGGAUCGCCCGGUCCAAGCUCAACCAGACUGGCGGCCAGGACCAGAGAGAAGACCACCGUUUGAUGAGGCUUUACUUCGUCAACGUGGUCUUUCGCAUAUUCGCAGAGGUUGGCUUUCUCGUGGGACAGUGGUGGCUGUACGGCUUCAAGGUGGAGGCCCAGUUCCCCUGCAGCCGCUUCCCUUGCCCCUACACGGUGGACUGCUUCACCUCACGCCCCGCAGAGAAAACAAUCUUCCUCUGCUUCUACUUCGCUGUGGGGCUGAUAGCAGCCAUCUCCAGCUGCGUGGAGGUUCUCUACGGCUCCACGAAGUGGUUCUGCUCAAGCCGGCAGUCCGUCACCACCGAGCACCGAGGAACCAGAAAGCGUGUCCGGCAGCGUGAGGAUGAUCGACGAAGAGCAGCGCGAGCAGGAAGGUCUCCAGCUUGAGCCACAAGUACAGGGCCGGCAGAUCUGUGCCUUGUUUAUAGUUAAAUAAUCUGGUCUUUCCAUACAGUCCAUACGCACUUUAUCUGUUUUUUCGGUUUUUCUCUCCUGCUACAUGCCAUCAAACUGUACAAUAAUAGUUAUAUAAUCUGGUCAUCUAAUACAGUACAUGCACACUUUAUCUGGUUUUCUUAUGUCCACUGGUCCACUGCUGAUUAUUUAUCUGUUUCACUGCACCUUAUAUUUUAUUUUUUGCACUAUAAUAACUACCUCUUUUGAUACAUUAUCUAUACUGUGUAUAUUUGUACAUUGCUUUUUAUACUCUAAUUAAUGUUAUUUCUUCUUUUUAUUUCAGUGUGUUGCUUAUAUCUUUUAUGUAUGUAAAUGCUGCUGCUACGCCAAAAUUUCCCAGCUUGGGAUUGAUAAAGUGUAUCUAUCUAUCUAUCUAUCUAGUUUAUAAAGAAAGGUUAGUAAGGCUAGCGUCAUGACUGGUGAAUAAUCUGCUAAUCUUGAUAGAGCGGUUAUAUGAGGUCUUGUUGAGAACAACUUUUUGGUUGCCAGGUUGUGUUAAACAAAUAAAAAAUCCCUUUGGCUGAUUGAACUGAAGGACUGUGCCACAUUCCGUCUAUUAACAACUGAUUAAGCAUUUAUUAAAUGUUUUUAUAACUGCAUCAUCACCAAGUAGAAACACUGACACAACAGCCCCAAAAUUGUUCUUAUCAAUGACAUUAAUACAUUAAUUCUUAACCAAUAAAAAGAAAUUGUGAGUUAUUAUAACUCGACCAGGGCUGAUUCUGAUUCUGAAUGAUUUUUUGGAUUUUGUAAGUUAUGAUUAUUAGCUUGAAUGCAACUGCGUGAACACAGACUGUAUUUAUUUCACAGGUGCACAAUUAAUGAAUGAACAACUGCUCCUGAACCUUUUGUGAGAUCAACCAUGUUUCAUUUGUUCUAUUCAACAAUAUAAAUGUCACUUUAUGAACUUUUAAGUUUCACAUGGCUGCGUUUUUUUCUUUUACUGACUCUUUUGUGGUGAAUAUUUUUCCUUUGUGUAUUUCUUGAUGGUAAACAGGCCAGUAGCGCACUGCAUAACAUGAUUUUGGUUUCACCCAGUGUGACUGUUCCUUUAUUCUUCUUCUUCCUGCACAUAGAAAAUUCAGUUUUAUUUUUCUGGUUUCAUUGUGGUAUUGCACUGCGGUGCCACUCUGAUCUAAAUCACUGCAGAACAUGAAUAUCAAAGUUCCUCAUCACUCCAUUAUGUGUUUGUGCGUAUUGUUACUUGGAUAUAUGUGCAGUGUGUUUUCACAUUCAUCUGCUGAAGCAACAACAAUCUCUGUGGUCGUCUGGAAUCUUAGUUUAAAGAGGGGCGAUGGGUCACUGUGCCUUUAAGAAGUUGCUUGAUUGAACUUAAAUUAUUAUCUAAGGCAGAGCAUUCCUCUAUGUUUUAAAGGAACAGUUCAUCCAAAAAAAUAUAUUGACUUUUUAAAAACUGACAUAACAACUUUAUGCAGCUAGAUUGUUUUAAUGCAUGUCGUUCUCAAUAUUUAGUCUCCCAGCUGCUGAGGAGACCAACGUAAUGCCUGCAUCAAAAUACAAAAGUACAUGAAAAAAAAAAAAAAAAUCAUGUGAAAUCCAAAUAAAAUGUUACAAAUGUAUUCACUGGUGACUGAAUAUGUCCUCUAAGAAUAUCUGGCAAAGAGUGCAGUUGUUCCAACAGCAGGUGGCAGCAUUGGAGCGGUAAACUGUGAAACAUGGAGCUCUCAUCUUCAGUGAGAUGACUUCAUUUGCAGCCACAUUAAUUCAAUGACAGCAUCCACACGCUGCACGACACUGUGUUAUUUAUCAAUUAAUUCUCCAGUUCAGACUGAAACACUGUAACGUCCCUCUCAGCCGUCCUGCAGUGGAAAACAUCUUAAAGCUCAGUGUGAACCGAAUACUCUCGUCGGUUGUCGUGAACGCCUCCUUGCUGUGUCUGCACCGAGAUGUGAUUAUCAUUCGAAGACUCGAGCAUGCACAGAUUCAC